AUGAAUUAUUCAUUAUUAUUAGUAUUCGUAGUAGCAAUCUUCUUUAAUUUUAGUGUUGUUAAUGCUACCAACACAAACUCAUGGGUGACAAUUGAAACUUUUAAUGAACCAAAGUGUGAUUCGGAUAGUUCAAGUAUUGGUGGUAUUGUUUUAAUAUCUGGUACAUGUAUCAAUGGACAACAAGUAUCUUGCAACACCAACAAUAAUAUCGUCACAGUUGAACAAUACAAAGAUAAGGAAUGUCAAACCACCGUCACCAACACUACUGAACACUCCUCGGGUGUAUGUUACACAGUCUCUCAAGACAAUGGUUUCUACAAGACUUUUACUUGUUCUGCCACUACUCCAUCAUACCCAGCUCGUUCAUUGGCCAUUUCUACCUACAGUACAUGUCAACAAACCAACAAACAACUAGAAACCCUGCGUUGGAUCCCAUCUUACAAGUGUAUGGCUAUCCUAAGAGGUUCUACUCCUGGUACUGGUACUGAAUCUGCGUCUGCCUCUGCCACUAUCUCUUCUGGUUCAGGUUCUGGAUCUGGAUCUGGUUCAAGUUCAGGAUCAGUCUUGAGAAAUCACCACAAUUUCAACUCUAACCAAUUCAACAACCAGAUUUCAACAGUUGAUAUCCUAGAUAGAUACUUUGAUUUCUUGGAUGAAAUUAACUUUCCAACUACUAUUGAAGAAGAAGAAGAAGAAGAUCUAUUCAAGGUAUCACAUCGUAUCGGAUCAGGUUCUGGAGGAGUCCAAACAGGUACUGGAUAUGGAACAGGUACAGGAUCAUCGGGAGGUGGUCCAUUCAACAGUGCAAUGUAUGGUAUCGUCCUUUGUAACCAAACCUACAAUUCCUACAACACCUAUGCCAAUCAAAUACCAACAGGUUCAGCUACACAUAGUGGUGUCAUGUCAACGGGCAAGUAUUCAACAGGUGAUCCAUAUGGUUCACAAAUGGGCAUUCCAACAAAAAGUGGUGGCAGUGGUAGUAGUGGAGGUGGCAGUGGUAGUGGCAGUGGUGGUAGCGGUAUAUCUUCACCAAAUAGUUGUUCUAUCCAGGCAGUCGUUACUAGCAUAGGUAAGAAUACUCAACAAUGCUACCAAAAUCAAUUGAUCGCUGUUACUUGUACUCCACCUUACACUCAUGCUUAA